AUGAGAGUUGAUCAAGCUGCCAUGUAUUUGAAGGAAAAGGCAGAUAUUUGGUGGAGGGAUAAUGGAGAUGUGAUUAGUGCUGAGGCUAAUUUUUGUUGGGAGACUUUCAAAACUAAAUUUAGGGAGAAGUUCUAUCCACCAUUCUUAAGGAAGCAAAAGGCUCAAGAGUUCAUUAAUCUGCAAAUGAACAACAUGUCGAUUACUGAGUACUAUAACAAGUUUAUAAACUUAUCGAGGUUUGCUCCUGAAGUAGUACCUACUGAGGAGUUGAAGGCUCAAAGAUUUGAGCAAGGUUUGACUAAGCAGUUACAGAAGGACUUGGCUGGAAAAACCUUUAAGACUCUUGAUAAGGUUUAUAGGAGAGCAAUGCACAUGUACAGUUUGAAUGUCAGGAGUGCGCCUGAGAGUGCGAGUGUUGGAGAAAAGCGUAAGGAUUUGGGGAAUUUGAGUAACCAAGGCAACUUCAAGAAGCCAAGGAACGAGAAUUUCUUGAAUAGAAAUUUUCAUAAUAAUGGAGGAUCGUUUAGAACUACUGGCCAAGCCGAGAGGCAUUACAACUACAAGAAGUGUGGCAAGGAUCAUCCUGGAAAGGAUUGUGAUGGGAACUUGGUUGUGCGUAGGUUCUGUCACAAGAAGGGCCAUAUAGAGUUCGAAUGUUUCACCAAAUUGAAGCAACAGGGGAAUGAGAACAAGUCUGCACAAAUAAGCAAUCAAGGAGGGAAUUCAAAUGGUCCUAAUGGGGAUGCAUGGAACAGAAAUGUUGGACUAGUUGAACUGAAUUUGAUUGACUUGCCUAUUAGUUUGCGUACUGGUGAAGUUGUGAGGUGCACCAAGAUACAUAAGGGUUUACCUUUGAGGAUUGGAGAGACUGAUUCUCCAUCCAAUCUUAUAGAAUUUGAGUUGGGUGACAUUGAUGUUAUUUUGGGAAUGGAUUGGUUGUCUACUUUUAAAGAUAUGUUUGAUUGUGAGGUACAUAAAGUUUAUUUAAGGAGUCCUUUGGGAAAAACUAUGUCUUACAGCCGUUUUGGGAAACCAAAAGAGAUUUCUAGGAUGCCACCAAAGAGGGAAUUAGAGUUUACAAUAGAUUUGGUUCCUGGAACGACACCAAUUUCUGAGGCACCAUAUAGAAUGGCACCUGCUAAGAUGGGAGAGUUGAAAGUGCAAUUAAGAGAAUUGUUGGAUAAAGGAUAUAUUAGCCAAGUGAAUCUCCUUGGGGAGCACCUAUUUUGGUACCAUCAACUAAGAGUUGCUGAUAAAGACAAACCUAAGACUGCUUUUAGGACUAGAUAUGGGCACUAUGAGUUUACUAUUAUGCCUUUUAGUGAGAGAGAACAUAAGGAGCAUUUGAGGAUUGUGCUGAGAACUCUUAGAGACAAUAAGUUGUAUGCUAAGUUUUCGAAGUGCGAAUUCGGGUUAGAGAAGGUUGCAUUUUUGGGACAUUAUGUGUCUAAAGAAGAUGUUUUUGUGGAUCAAGCAAAGAUUCAAGCAGUGAGUGAGUGGCCUACGCCUAAGAACGUGUCUGACAUAAGGAGUUUCUUGGGACUAGUUGGUUAUUACAGAAGGUUUGUGAAGGAUUUUUCAAAGAUUUCUAGACCAUUAACUAAUUUGAUGAAGAAAGAAAAGCGUUUAACCACCGCACCUGUUUUAGCCUUACCUGAUGGAAGUGAUGGAUUUGAAGUUUAUAGUGAUGCUUCGAAGAAUGGAUUAGGGUGUGUGUUGCAAAAUAAUGGGAAGGUGAUAUCUUAUGCUUCUCGCCAACUCAAAUCUUUUGAGGUUAAUUACCCUACACAUGAUCUUGAGCUUGCAGCUAUAGUGUUUGCAUUGAAAAUUUGGAGACAUUAUUUGUAUGGAGUAAGGUGUAAGAUCUUUAUGGAUCACAAGAGUCUCAAGUAUAUUUUCACUAAGACAAAUCUCAAUAUGAGACAGAGGCGUUGGUUGGAGUUGUUCAAUGACUAUGACGUAAACAUAUAUUACCAUGAAGGGAAAGCAAAUGUUGUUGCGGAUGCCUUGAGUAGGAGAUCAAGUCAAGUUGUGAAUGCUUUUAUCGUGCCUGACAAGUUAUGUGAAGAUAUGAAGCAUUUGAACUUGGAGGUUAUGAACUAUGGUGAAUUAGAAGCAAGGUUGAGUGCUCUUUCACUUGGGAGUUCAUUGUUGGAUGAAAUAAAAGAGAGUCAGAAAGGUGAUGAAGGAAUCCAAUCGAUCAAGGAGAAAAUGAGCCAAGGGAAGAAUGUAGAUUUCAGGAUCCAUGAUGAUGGAAGUUUGAGUUACAAAGAAAGAUGGUGCAUACCGGAAAAGUGUGAGGAUUUAAAGAGGAAAAUCAUGGAAGAAAGCCACAAUAUUCCAUAUUCUGUACACCCAGGAGGGGACAAAAUGUACAAGGACUUAAAAGAUUUGUAUUGGUGCCCAAACAUGAAAAGAGAAGUAGUUGAUUUUGUGAGCAAAUGCUUGACUUGUCAAAAGGUCAAGAUUGAUCACAAGAGACCUAUGGGAAAGGUUCAACCUUUGGAGAUUCCUAGUUGGAAAUGGGAUUUGAUAUCCAUGGAUUUUGUCACAGGAUUACCUAGAGCCAAAAGUGGCAAUGACACUAUUUGGAAAAUGCAUAAUGUGUUUCAUAUCUCUCAAUUGAAAAAGUAUGUUCCUGAUUCAAAACACGUGCUACAAUCUGAAUCGAUUCAAUUGGAUAAGACUUUAACUUAUGAGGAAAGGCAUGUGAAAAUCUUGGAUCAUAAGGUGUGUAGUACACGAAAUAAGGAUGUUAGAAUUGUUAAAGUUCUUUGGUCAAAUCAAGAGUAUGAGAAGGCUACUUGGGAGGUCGAGGAUGAUAUGAGAAAGAGAUACCCUGAGUUAUUUAAUGAGGUGAGUUACGAGGGCGUAACUCUUGUUCUUUAA